GCUGCACCCCGCCGCGGCGAGCAUCCUCGCCGAGGUCCUCCCGGCUCCCUGGCCCCCCUCCACCCGCUCCAGCACACCCACUAGCCCUCUUAACCCCUCUCCUAGAACUGUCAAGCCCCCAGGCCCCGCACCCGCCCUGAUCCAAUCGGAGCCUCUUGAGCGACCUUGCGGUUCUCACCGCCACGCAAUUCCUCGCUCGCCGGGUCUCUAGACCGCAGCCAUGAGCACCCCCAUCAGCAAGAGCCGCUCCCUUGCCGCCUUCCUGUGCCAGCUGCGCCGCCUGGGGCAGCCCCCCCGGCCGGUGACAUCCACGGCGUGCGCGCCCCCUCCGACGCGGGAGGUGCCGCUCUGCCCGCUGGUGGCACCCGGCGAGGCGCAGAGCGCAGCCACCCUGCCGGGCCCCACCAACUGGCCGCUGCUGGGCAGCCUGCUGGAGAUACUCUGGAAAGGCGGGCUCAAGACACAGCACCACACUCUGGCAGAGUACCACAAGAAGUAUGGCAAGAUUUUCCGCCUGAAGUUGGGUUCCUUCGACUCGGUGCACCUGGGCGCCCCGUGCCUGCUGGAAGCGCUGUAUCGCACCGAGAGCGCCUAUCCCCAGCGGCUGGAGAUCAAACCCUGGAAGGCCUAUCGCGACUAUCGCAAGGAGGGCUACGGGCUGCUGAUCCUGGAAGGAGAAGACUGGCAGAGGGUCCGCAGUGCCUUUCAAAAGAAACUAAUGAAACCAGUAGAAAUUAUGAAGCUGGACAACAAAAUCAAUGAGGUCUUGGCUGAUUUUGUGGCUAGAACAGAUGAGCUGUGUGAUGAGAGAGGCCACAUUGAAGACUUAUACAGUGAACUGAACAAGUGGUCAUUUGAAAGCAUCUGCCUUGUGCUCUAUGGGAAGAGAUUUGGGCUCCUUCAGAAGAAUGCAGGAGAGGAAGCUUUGGAUUUCAUCACAGCCGUCAAAACAAUGAUGGGCACGUUCGGGAGGAUGAUGGUCACCCCAGUGGAGCUGCACCAGAGCCUCAACACGAAGGUCUGGCAGGCCCACACGCAGGCCUGGGACACCAUCUUCAAAUCAGUCAAAUCUUGUAUCAACAACCGGUUAGAGAAAUAUUCUGGGCAGCCCAGCACGGAUUUCCUUUGUGAUAUUUAUCACCAGAAUCAGCUGUCAAAGAAAGAGCUGUACGCGGCGGUCACCGAGCUGCAGCUGGCUGCCGUGGAAACGAUGGCAAACAGCUUAAUGUGGAUUCUCUACAAUUUAUCCCGUAAUCCCCAUGUGCAACUCAAGCUUCUUAAGGAAAUUCAGAGCAUAUUGCCUGAGAAUCAGAUGCCACGGGCAGAGGAUUUGAGGAAUAUGCCAUAUUUAAGAGCCUGUGUGAAAGAAUCUAUGAGGCUUACCCCAAGUGUGCCAUUCACAACUCGGACUCUUGAUAAAGCAGUGGUUCUUGGUGAAUAUGCUUUACCCAAAGGAACAGUGUUGAUGCUAAAUACACAGGUGUUGGGAUCCAAUGAAGAAAAUUUUGAAGAUUCAAGUCAGUUUAGGCCUGAACGAUGGCUUCAGAAGAAGGGAAAGAUCAAUCCUUUUGCGCAUCUUCCCUUUGGCAUUGGGAAGAGAAUGUGCAUCGGUCGUCGGUUAGCUGAACUCCACCUCCACUUGGCUCUUUGCUGGAUCGUCCGCAAAUACGACAUCGUGGCCACAGACAACGAGCCUGUGGAGAUGCUGCACCUCGGCCUCCUGGUGCCCAGCCGGGAGCUCCCCAUCGCUUUCCAUCAGCGAUGAGGGGCCUCAGGUGAGCAUCUGGGGGGGCUGUGAGUGACCAGAGGGCUGAGCCACACUCGAGAGGCAGCCAGACUGGGGUUUGAAUCCCUGCUCACCACUGAUUGGCCAGGUAACCUUGAGCAGUUACUUAACUGUUCUGUCCCCAUUUUUUUUUUCCAUCUGUAAAAUGGGAACCAAAGUAAUAUCUAUCCAGAAAGGUUAUAUGAAUACUAAAUACUUGGUCCAAAGCCGGGCAUCAACUAAGUGCUCAGUAAAUACAAGCGGCUAUUACAGGUUUUGCAUGUGAAUAUCGGGUGGACAAGCUUCUUCUAUAAAGAUCCAGAAUAUGUUAGGCUCUGCAAGCCAUAAGGUCUGGCUCACAUCCAUUUAACUCUGCCUUGAGCUUGAAAGCAGACAAUUUGUCAAUGGAUAGGUAUGGCCAUUGUGUUGCUUUUCUAUUGCUGCUGAAACAAAUUGCUAAAACUUAUGUUACAUGACACGGACUUAUUAUCCUUCUGUUCUGUAGUGUCCCAAUAAAACUUUACUUAUAAAAACAGGCGGUGGGUCUUAUUUGACCACAGGGCCUUGGUUUAUGGACCGCUGGCAUAUGGUAUUUAUAUUUAUCAGCCUGUAUUAAAUACGAUGUGAUACUUUUCCUGCAGUAAGCCAUUCACUAACUUUUCUGGCAAUACGGGUGUUCUCAUACCACCUUCAUGAGUUUUGCCAUAUUCAUAUACCAACAACUAUUUAUUUAAUUAUUACUCAAUUAUUUCCUUUAAAUUAACACAGGUCUAUAGUACACUUAUUUGGUAACAGUAUACUUAUUCCCAAGCAAUAAUUUUCCUGAUGAAAUGAUGAGUUUUUCCAUUGUUAUGUUUCCCUCGGACACAAUAAAAUGAAUUUCUAACUAUUGAAAUGAUCAAAGCAAUGUAGGAUAAGAAACCUCAAAUAUCAUCUUAUGUGGAAAUAGGACAUUUCUAAAAUAAGGUCUUGUCAAAUUACAUAUUAGUAUUCAAACUUAGCCUUCAUCAUUCUGCCCUGUCAACAACAUCUCCUAGAAUUUGCCUAGAAUUAGUUGCUAUUUGCUAACAGAAAGGUAAUGGGCAUUUGCUGAUAGGUGGGUUAUUUAAGGAAAUGGGCAUUUACAGAUAGAAUUUCUGAAUGAGGCCCAAAUUAAUUCCUCCCCAAGUGUCCCGUACCACUAGGCAGUUAUCUGAUUCUGAGCAUCCCAACAGAGUUGAUUCAAGUAAGAUAAUGAUAGAAUUCCAGCUUACAUUUGAAACUCCCUGUAUUUAGCAAGGACAACAUGCAUGUGAUACAUACUAUGAUAACAUAGAGAACCACAUGCCUUUGGCAUGAGCCCAUGGCACUUAGUUUUAGCAUUUACUUUUGCUGAUAAUUCCUCUCAUUUAAUUACACUUUUUUGAUAUAUAAUGAAGAUAACACUUUAUUUUCCAGGUUUGUUUUUGUUUUGUUUUUUACCAAGACCAAGAGCAGCAACUUACCCUCCUGCAAGAGUGGUUGGUGCUUAUAGCGUCUACGUUACUGGAAAGCCAACUUCAAAAAUGAGAGCAUGAAAUGCAGAUAAAGAACAUUUGAGUCCAGGUAUCUAUAUCCUUCUUCAGGAUACUUGUUCUGGAAGCUGCAUUGUCCAUAUAGCUGAUGGUAUUUAUUAAGACUGUCUGACUCAGGGAAGUGGCAUGUCGGAAUACAAGGCACCUUGCAGGGUAUGCCGCUGGCUUGAACUGACAUCCCGACUUAGGUAGACUUGCCCAUGGUCCUGUUUACUCUUGCCUCUUCCGUGCCAUGAUAGGGAAUCUGGGCAGUUGCCAGUAAAGUCCCUAAAUGUUUCUGCUCCUGCCCUACCCAGUUCACUGCUUGAGUCUUUACUUCUCAAAACUAAGUUUAUAUUUCACAAUGAAAGACCUACUAUAGCUCAAUUGCUUGGGGCUUGGACUAAUAGUGACAGUCCACUUAUUGUAACUGCUGAAUGUAAUAUUUGGAAAAACACUUGCUUAAUAUCGUAAGCAAAAGUAAAUGUUGGUUAAAGUUAUCAGGUCCCUAUGAAACUGCAUUUUUCCUGUUUUGAAAUAGAAACAUUAUUGGAAAUGAGAGAAUACCUCUAUUUUAAGAAGUAUGUUAACAAAGUCAGAACCUCUUAUCUAAGAAUACCUUAAUGAUUUACUGUGGCAUCAUUUUGUUAAUGGAUCUUGAAAUUCAUUAUUUAGUUAAUGUAUUUCCUCUGUGGCAUUAAGGAGUAGAUCAGCAGUUUUUAAAUUGUUAAUGGCAAUUUGUUUAUUUUUUCAGGUAUAUAUGGUAUUUGAUUUAGGAUCUGUGGUUUAGGGCAAUUUUCUAAAAUUCAGUCAGAGCUUAAAAAAUAUUCAGUGACUUCCCAUGCCUUAAUUUCCAAACUACAGACUGGGACAGCAGUAAAAUGUGCAUACAUUAUAGAUUAACUAUUAAUUAUAUAACCCAUGUUAUGUGAUUUGAACUCCUUGGAAAAAUAUGAUUUUGUAAAUGGAAAAUGCAGAGAGAUUAUGCAAUUCUUAUAAAAGUUUCUUAAAAAUUGUAUUUACAAUUAAGUAAUUUAUUCAUACAUUUUUCCUACUGUUUUUCCUAAAAUACUAUAUACUUCUGUAUAUUUGAUAAAGAUUUCCCUUUUCAGAAUUUUUCAGACAUAUACGUAUAUCUUUAUACUUGAAUAUGUACACAUCGCUAAAAUAGGUAUACACUUUCUUCCAACCAUAAAAUUAUUUUUAGAACAAUAAAUCUGUGUGUUGUGAGAUUUUAUCUGUAUAUGUUAGUUGAAUUCCCUGAGAGCAAGAAUAAAAGUUUUCACAUGUUUGA